ACUUAUUAAAGCGGCUUUAACAAUCUACUUACAGAUAAAUUCUUUAAAUUACUUCAUAAUAUAGUUUUGAACUUUAAACUUAUAUUUUUGUAAUGUAAAUUUUUUUUUGUUUUAAUUUGUAAAACUUUUUUCUUAAUUUUAAAACUUCUAUUAUUAUACGUAUAUUUUACGUUCUCUGCUCGUAGAUCUGAUAGCAAAUAAAUUUCAAUUAAACUAAAAUGUGGCAAGCAGGCGCCAAGAAGGAUGAGCACCAGCCACGCUUUUUUAUUGAAAUGAAUUUUUCGAAAAUAAUUGUGUCCAAAAUGAAAGUGUGCAAGUUGUGUAAAAGUAAAUCCGAUGCUGUAUUUGAGCCCAAUGAACAUUUACUGGGCACUCAAAUUUCUGAUAUUAUAAAAUUUAUAUUUAGUGAUAACUCGUUGGAGUUCCCACCAAAAUUUUACAUAUGUUCCGCAUGUGCUGCGUCGCUGGUACAAACUAAAAUUGUUCUAAAGCGGCUAUCGGAGGCUUUACCACAUAGCAGAAAUGCGGAAAAAGUAAACAUAUCCAACAAUAAAAACGAUGAUAGCGAUGAGGCGGCUAAUGAGAAGAAUAGUAUAAAUGAAAGUAGCAAAGUGUCGGCAAAUGAAAAAUUUCUACAGGAUUGGAUAUUUCGUUGUACUCAUUGCGAGUACACUACCAAAAAGCCUAAAUUGUACAAAACUCAUUUAACCACUAAGCAUGAAUUAAAUAAUCCACGCAUUUACCAGUGUAUGUAUUGCUCAGAAUCAUAUCAACGCAUAAAUGCCAUACAAAAUCACAUCGGCAGCAUACAUGAAAAUAAACCACGUGAAAAACGACAACGACGAAAGACAAUUGCAUUUGAUUCGCCAAGUGUAUUAAGCAGCACAACCAUAAGUAAACAGGUGGAUAAUAACACUUCACUUAUUAAUGUAAACAAUGAAACUAAUGUUGCUAAGAAAAAUAAUAAUAGUUAUCAAGCAGAUGGUAUCAACGAUUAUGAAUUUACAUGUGCUCACUGUGUAUAUAAAAGCAUUCAUGCAAAACAUUUUAAGCGGCACUUAUCAGUUAAACACAAUGAUGAAGACAUAAGAAUUUAUAAGUGCAGGCGAUGUCCUAGUACAUAUUGCCGGCUAUUUGCUUUGAAUAACCAUAUCGCUUACGAACAUGAAAAUAAACCUAAACCACAACGCCAAAAGUCUGUAGCUUUAGAACAAAGCAUAUUAGCCAAAGACGAGUUGAUUAAACCUAAAGAAGAAAUUUUGAGUGAUAAUGAGGACCUAAGAUGUGAACAUUGUCUUUAUCAAGCGCGUGACUCAAAAACGCUUAGAAAUCAUAUGAUAACAUUGCAUAAAACUAAUAACCUAACUCAAAAUGAUUAUUUUCCGGAGAUCCUAAACGACAACAUUAAUCAAACAGACAACAAUUAUAAAAAUAAUCCCUAUUCGGAGAGCAUAUACGAAAAUCAACUAGAACAGCAAGAAGAUCAUCUAUUCCAAGCACCUUUUAAAAAACCACGUAAUCAACUAAGUUCGAGCGAAAUAUCAUCUUCAGAAUGGGUUUUUCAAUGCAUACGUUGUAAUUUUGGAUGCGCUAAAAAGAAAUUAUUCAAAGCGCAUUUAAUUAAUGAACAUGGUAUAUAUAAUAGCGAUGUAUACAAGUGCCCUAACUGUUCGUCAACAUACGAACGUUAUAGCUCGUUGCAGAAUCAUAUGGCAAUGAGUCAUAGCGUUGAUUUGACAGGUAUAGAAUCUGAUUCUAGUCAAGAUCACGUUGCAAAGAAACAAAAACUCAAUGGAAUUGCGAGUGGUACAGAAAAACAUCCACUUGAAGACAGCAGUCAGGAGCAAACACCGUCUAAAAAACGUAAAAUUGAAAGAGAAAAAAGUAAAGAAUCUUGUGUGGUAUGUGACAAACAUUUUUCCACGGUGGACAAGUUGCGCGCUCAUAUGGACAAACAUCAUGGCGGUGACGAAAUCAAAAAGUGCCCUAAUUGUGAUGCACAAUUCCGUUCGUUGGAAAAAUAUGAGGCACAUCUGUUUAGCGAGAAAUGUCUCAACACUAAGUUAGCCUGUCAAUAUCCUGGCUGUCCGAAACGUUUUAGUAGACCAUCAAAGAUGCAACAACAUAUGCGUGAGAAACAUCCCGAUUUAAUAGACUAACGUAGUAAGAAGUUGUUUGUUGUCUUUUAAUAUAAUUUGUUUUUAAUAUUUUCAACACGAUUACCCAUUCCGCAUGCUGAGUGGUUUACCUAGUGUCAAUGGUACGGUACUACCAAAUUAUAUAUAUAUCAUAAAACUAGCAAUAUUAAAUUCUUACAAAGAGUGUAAUCGUACGUAAAUCAGCAUAUAUUUGUAUGUACGCAUAUAUUCGUAUUGAACUGAAAAUAAAAUUAAAUCAUUAGCAAUUUAAA